GCCGCCGUCGACGCCGCCGCCGGCCAGUGACUCUUACCGGUUUAGUAGCUGCACAGCUGUUUCGUACGCGUGUGUGUUGAUCGCGGAGCUCGAGAAAUUCGCUUAAUGUUUCGGAGGGACGUCCGUUUAUUCGAUUCCGCAUUUACAAUAUUUAUGUUUUUGUUGACGAUUGUGUACAUUAUAAUUUCGUUUUAUCAGUUUGGCUAUGAAAUGAAUAAACGCGGAAUUAAGUAAGACGUGCGUUUAUGCUAUUAAAUGUGCGGUUGAUUUCCGGAUGAUGCGUGCGUCUGGGAAAGUAUCGCACGUUUAUAUUGAUAUGGUGGAACAGGUGACUGGAAAAUUAUGAAAGCUUUACCGGAAAAAACGGAAGGCACUGACGACGUGGACAACGGCACUGUGAACGCGAACGUGAUCGACGAACGCGGCACUGCGGUCCUGGAAUGUGACAAUGUGAUUGAAAUACUAUCUUCGGAAUCCGAGGCCGAAGAGGAGGUACAGUUUCAUAGCGAGGAGGAAGAGCAGGAGGAAGAGGAAGAAGAAGAAGAAGAAGAAGAAGAAGAAGAAGAAGAAGAAGAAGAAGAAGAAGAAGAAGAAGAAGAAGAAGAAGAAGGAGAAGAAAAAGAAGGAGAAGAAGAAGAAGAGCAGGAGGAGGAGGAGGAGGAGAAGGAGGUGGUUUGCAGCAAAUCGCAUAGGUCUAAAAAGAAACAUAAGAAACAUCACCACCGCCGCCACCACCAUCACCGCCACCAUCAUCACCACGAGCACGGCGGCACUCGUAUCCGGAAAAAGCACAAGAAACGGUCGAAAGAAGGGAGUGGCCCAAUAUUUCUGUGGGCUAAAAAAGAAGAGUCGAAAAUAAUGAAAAUAUACUGCGAGGAUUACGAUCCGGGUAUUAAACUGGUCAAGACCAACGGUGUGUGGAGUUCUACUCCUAGGUCUAGGGUUUUGGCGGCUGCUCAAUCGCGUUCGUCCGUCAGCGGACAUAUAGACGUUAGAGAAGUUAGAGAGACACCAAACGUUCGUGACGAGCCGGUCGAGCAGAAUCCACGACCGAACAACCGAAUCAAAGAAAAUCCAAGAACCAGCAGCGAGCCGAUACUUGUCGACCUAAACGAUAACUCUAUCGACUUUGUGGACACUAUAAGUAGCGAUGAGGAGGAUGAUGAAGAGCAAACGAGGGCCAGGAUCGACCGAGCACUGGAGAUGAUCGAACAGGACCCGGCGUUGAUGAGUGACGUGAAAAUUUCGCUACCUACGAUUGAGACGACUUCGGCCAUUAAGUUACCCGAGGGUACGACAAUCCACCAGAUCAAAGCCGAAAACGUCACGGUCUGCGGGACCGUUUCCGCAACGACACCGUCACCGCCGCCGCCGCCGCCGGCGCUGCCGUUAUUGUCCGAGACGCCAACGAUGUGCAAUGUUGGCGAGUUAACCAUAACGACGCAACAGCAACAGCAAAACGAACCGUUAAACCUGGAAACCGUGAGUAAACGAUCUGCUUUAGAAAUUCGAUUACAGGAGCCGCCGCUUAAGAAAAAACGCGUAGAUAAAUCACCCCCUGCACAACCACCAUUGGUCAGUGGGCAGGUAAAACGCGAGUGGGAUCCUUUGUCUGAGCUGAAGGAAGUGCUAUCGGACCCUUGCCUGUCCGUGCCCGACCCGUUGCUUGUGCCCAGGGCCAGGCUGGCCGCCCUAGUGGCCAGCCCGGCCACAGAAAUACCAAAACUCUUGCGAGAGCCAUCGUUAUUGCCGCCACCGCCCCCGGAUCCUGACCUGUUGGCCGUCUCUUUGUCACAUCUCCGGUCCAUAUUGCAACAGCAACCGGGCUACGCGGACGACCGCAAGUCGGACGGCAAUCAAUCGUCAAACAUCGACCAGAUGCUGUGGUUGUCAUACCUGUCAAAAGACAUGACCGGCGUCGACGCCGACCUGAUAUCCACUAUGUUGAGCAUCCUACUGCCCAACUCGACAACUGCUCAACAGUCGUUUAGCUACCCUCAAGACAAAAACCAAUGGAACGACAUGUAUUACGACGGCAAUAUCGAACCGCCUUACGGUUCCACGCCCGGCUACAGUAAAUCGGACGAUUGUUGUACACCGGUGUCACCACUUCCGCCGCCGCCGCCGCCACAAAUAUUACCACCACCACAGCAGUCACAUCCUCUGUUAUUACCACCACCACCACCGUCACAAAUGUUACCGCCAACAAAUGCACAGCCUCUAAAACACCAACAAUCACAAUUGUUGCCGCCGUCGCAGCCACAUGUACAGCAGCAGCAAGUACCGCGACUUUUGCCUAAGCGUUCGCUGCAUCACAACAUGACGUCACAACUGCAGCGGUUGCCAUCACAUCCGCAACAAAUGCCGCCACAACUUUUGCCGUCGCGUCCGCAGCAACUAAUGCAACCUCCGGUCCUACACCGUCAGCCAAAACGACGGGUUUGUCAAGAGCUGUGCUGCAACGGAUCGCCGUCAUCGUGUUACGGGGGCAGCUGUUGCCCAAAACCGAGCGGUUAUAAUCCGUUCACCCCAAUGUCUCCGAACGGCUGCAACCCAUUUGCUGUGUCUCCCAGUGAUUGUAACCCGUUCACUGCAACUCCUGCUGCCAGUUGUGGUGGCGGAAAUCCGAAGACUUGUGUCACAUAUAAUGCGUCGUCGGGCGCGAUGCCGACUUGUUGCUUCCCGUCGGAAAUCGGUUGCGGGUAUAACGGCAGAUCUCCGUCGUCGCCAAUGCCACCGCGAAAUCCGUCCGUAUCACCACGCAACCGCGCUCAAUUUAACUAUCAUACCGGUCCGGGGCAACAGCAGCAGAUAUCGAUGACGGAAGUCGGUAACGUCAUCAACAGUUGUUGCAUUGGUGUCACCGGCUGCAACAGUGGUGUUACCGACUAUAGUAAUGUCGUUGCCGGCUGUAACAGUGGUGUCAGCGACAGUAGCAGUGACAUUAACGGUAGUAGUAGUGGCAUUAACGGCAGUAGUAGUGGCGUCAACGGCAGUAACAGUGGUGUCAACGUCAGUAGCGGUGGCGUCAACGACAGUAGCAGUGGCGUCAAUUCCAGUGCCAGUGGCGUUACCGGCUGUAGCAGUGGCGUCAACGGCAAUAGCAGUGGCAGCACCGUCAGUGAUAUCGGCGCGGACUCUCAAUGUUCGACUGUGACUAAUAAACCGAAAACGCCACUGCCCGCAACGCCUGCCAGUGGUGAUGCCGGUAAGCCGGUAUUCAGGCCUAAAAUCAAAGUCAAAGAACAUUUGAUCGACCCGAACGCGAAACCAAGACUUUUGAACAUCGAAGGUGCCCUUCAUCUAGCUGCGGGGCAUGAUCUGUUCAGUUCGUCUCUUUGGCACCCGUUGUUCGGCAGUCAAGCAAAGCCGUAUGGCUGUCGGUGGCAAUGGACAACGCCUGUUACCACGUCCGCGUCGACUUCUUCGGACGACACGCCUGCUGACACCAAACGUUGAAUCUGCAAGAACGCGCGGCGACGGGGACGACAAGAUAAUAUAUAUAAAAUCAGCGCACCUACAGUAUUUGUUUGUUUAUUUAUUUAUUUAUUAUUAGUGUAGUAUAAUUAUUAUCGUAUUACGUGUUUUACGAUCCUCCUCCAAUACCCAUUUAGAGGACACAUAUUAUUAAGUAUGUCAAACAUAAGUUAAACUCCAUUCUCAACACGCAAUCCAGUUGGAUUUAACGUCAGAUAUUUUUUUGUUAAAUAUAAUGCUGACGAAUUUUAAUAUACUUUACUAUAUACCGGGGAUCGCCAAUUAUUAUUUUUAAAGGGCCAUAUUUUAGAAAUUUAGGCCAGGUAAGUUUUUUUUUUACAUCAAAAUGUAAUAUAUAUUAAUAUAUAUUAUAUAUUAUUAUAUAUUAUUAAUAUAAUAUUAGACACACAUGUUUAUUCAACGGAAGUAACGGCAAAAUAAAAAAAAUUAAAUACAAAUUAAUAAAUCACUUUUUAUUUACCAUCGAAUAAAAAUGAGUUAUAUUAUUUUAAAAAUAAAUUUUGUUUCUGCAUGCCAGUAAAGUUAGUGCACGGGCUACCAUUUGGUGACCCCUGGUGUAUAUUAUAGUAUUGUAUUAUAAUAUAUAUAUAUAUAUAUAAUUAUAUAUAAUUAACGUUUAAGUUAACGUUACAUAUUAUAUCAUUAUAUACAAUGUACUCGGUAGAGUAUAGUAUAAUAUCUAUAUGUAUGUAAGUAGUCAAGUCGCGGUUUGAGUCGGCCUGCGGGACGUCGCCGCCGUCGUAGAAAUCGAUUGACCUCGACCUUUGCACUACUUUGCGUCGGGGUGUACGAUCGGUAUAUUAUCCUACGAGUCGGGGACCGGCUUCAUCCUAUAGACUUUCCGUUGUCGGUCGUCGCAAUCCUGUGACUGUAAAAUGUCUGUUUAAAUUAAAAUAUGUACAUAAUAUUAUCAUUGUAACGUCAUAUUUGUGGUGCUGAAUGAAAAUACGUUUUUGUCAUAAAAUGUACUGUUAGUUUCUAUUCUUUUAUUGAUUUAUUAUCGUUCUUUGUAUUAAUUUAUUAUCGUUUGAUUGUUUAUUUAUUAUUCGGAAAACUGUUUACCACCCUCAAACACGCGACUGAAUCCGCGUGUGUAGUGUGUGUUGAAUUUUGUUUCGUAAACUUGUUAUUUAAAAAAAACAAAAACCUACUUUGUUUCUCGUUUAUUUUUGUGUUACAUAUCAGCUUUAGUUUGGUUAUUUUUCUGCGUACUCGGUACGCUUGAAUUUAUUACAAUUUUAUUGUUUUUUUCUUUUAUACGUUAUACGUCAAUUAUUUUAGCCAUCGAAUUUUUGGAUAUAAAUAUUUAUUUAUAUAGUUUGAAUGUUGAAUGUCUUGUCUGAAAUAUAUUUUAUUGUACGUAAAUUAUUAUAAAUUGAUCCAUAUAAAACGGAACUUUAUAUUAUUAUUACUAUAUAAUAACACAUUAUAUAUUAUACUCAAUAUUGAUUUUCAAUACUAGUCUCUUAAAUUAUAAGAUAAAUUUAUAAGAAUAAAGCAAAAUUUAUACAUUAUACAAUACCUAUACAAUAUAUGUAUAACUAAGUGUCUAUAUGUUAUAAUAUUGUGCUUAUAAUGAUGAUAUUGGAAUAUUAUUAAAUGUCAGUGUAAUAAAUGUCGAUUAUACGUGGUAUAAUAAUAUAAUAUGAUUAUAACAAUUUAAUAUGAUUUAUAAGCUUUAAAUGUAAACUAUACGAGUAACAUACGUACUAUAUGUAUUAUAUAGUAUCAUAAUAAUAAUGAAAACAAAAACUGUAUGUAAUGAAAAAAAAAAAUGGUCAUAUUAUCAUUACUGUUACUAUUAUUGUAACAGUAACCUAAUCGAUAACUGAUAAGUAACUAUAUUAUAUGAUAUUAUAUUAUUGAGCUGUUCCUGCAGUACACGUGCAAAAAAAACCUUAAUCACUAAUUUUCGCAUUAGUGUUUUAUUUAUUGUAUAAUUUUAGCUUUAAAAUUUAAUGUUAGAUAAUAAUAAAGUGAUGUAAGAAAAUAUUCCUCUACCCCAUAGAAAGUCUGAUUAGAUUUUAAUUUAAUUUUGUUUAUUAUUUAUUUAUUUUUUUUUAAAUUUUGUCCUGUGAAGUUUAAGUCAUUUGAGUUGAAAGCGAUAUCAUAUAAUUCAAUAUUUUUAAGUAUAAUAUAUUAUAUAAUUCUUUUUAAUUAUUAUAUGUUUUGUAAAAUUUAAACAAAAUAAAAUAAACAAAAACAAACACAUAAUAUAUACUAUAUACUCUAAUAAUAUAACAAUAUUGAUUUAAUUGUAA